AUGUCUAGUCUUUCCCGCCUUAAAUUACCUCGUCGCAUGAGUCAUGGAAUUAAGGAUUCAUGGACUCUACACGUCUUUUGCGGUGCCAGUCAAGCUGCUUAUGCAACUGUCAUUUACUUACGAAGUAAGGAAGAAGACGAAGUUUUCGUGAAAUUCGUCAUAGAAAAAUCACGCGUAUCGCUCUUAAAGAAAAUAACUAUUCCGCGUUUGGAGUUGCUAGCCUGUGUUCUAGGUGCACGCUUGGCAAGGUAUACUGUUGAAACCCUGUGCUUAGUCGAUGUCCCGAUAUAUUACUGGACAGACGCUACUGUGGCUCUUAGCUGGAUACAACGAGAGGAAAACUGGGGAGUAUUUGUGAAUAAUACAGUAAAGAAGAUUCGGAAACUCUUGAAGCAGGAAUGUAGGAGACAUAUCCCUGGGAAAUUGAAUUCGGCAGAUGUGGCAUCUCGUGGCUGUACGCCUGAACAUUUUCGGCAAUGCAUUUGGUGGGAGGGCCCCGAAUUUCUGAAAAAGCUCUCCGAAAGAAUGGCCAGACUUUGA